GGCUCGGCCAGCAACUUAUGCCCCUUUUACUUGUCGCUUCCGGUUCCGGUAGCAGCUAGUAGCGUUCAGUCCGAGGUGUGCAGGUCAUGGCAGUGAGCCGCGUGGAAACCGUGGGGAGCGUCUUCUCGCGGACUCGGGGCCUUAUUCGGGCUGGGGUGUUGAAGGAAAAGCCUCUCUGGCUUGACAUAUAUAAGGCCUUUCCCCCGCUGAGGGAGCCGGUCUUCCAGAGGGCCCGUUUGCGGUAUGGCAAAGCCAAAGCUGAAAUCCAGGACAUCUUCUACCACGAGGACCGGAUUAGAGUGAAAUUUUAUUCAGCCUAUGGAUCUGGUCAAAAACCUUUCGAUCUGUUCAAUCCAAACUUCCAAUCUACCUGUCAACGGUUUGUGGAGAAGUAUAUUGAGCUGCAGGAACUCGGAGAGACAGAUGAAGAGAAGUUAUUUGUGGACGCAGGGAAGGCUUUACUGGCAGAAGGAGUCAUUUUAAGACGACGAGGAAAGGCGAAGACACAACAGGAAGGUAGUACUCAGGUUUCCUGGAAAUAUGAACACACAAGCCUCAAACCCCAGACUCAGCUGGAAGAAAACCAGCCUCAGCAAGUUCUGCAGGAGCAGCGUUCGGAGACACAUGAAGAACAGCUGAAAGGUCUCUCACCUCCCUGAAGGGCUUGUAUACCACGUAGACUGACAUCCAAACUGUAUUCACUAGAUGAAUGUUGAACUAUUUUUUAACAGCUGAACUGUGUAAAUGUUUCUUAAUCUCUAAGGCAUUGUGUUUGCCUUCUCUUAGUUCCUAUUUCUGGGUUGUCAUAAAGCUCAGUAUUAUGGCUUGAAAAAAGCAGUUACGUGAACUUUCAUGUUAGGAUGCUAUUAAAUAAAGAAUUCCCUGCUGCUUAUGAAGUAAA